AUGAGACGCUCUGUUGUUGCUCAAGGGUUUUCUUCUUUCUUCACUUCCCACCUUUCUAAUAAUUAUUAUUUUGGUGAUUAUCCUAUUGCAGUGAUGGGCAGCGUGGGACAGGCUAUUCUUAUCGCCCUUGCUUCAGCGUCCGACCCGGACCCUGGUGUGCGUCACCGUGGUGAGGCGCAGUUGCUGGAGCUCAAAGCGAAUCCUCAUGCCUUCUUUACAAGCUGCGCUGAGCUUUUGGUGGAUGCAAACGUUCCGGUUCGUGGGCGACAACUCGUGGGAUUCAUGCUUAAGAACAGUCUUUCGCAUCCGUGUUGUGUUCAGAAUCCUGGGCUGCAGAACUCUGUGAUGACCCAAGCUGUGGUGGACGCAGAUUUUAGUAUUCGCUCCGUCGCGUGCACCAUCAUUAGUUGUGCGGUGCGGGAUGGACACUGGCCUGUGGAUCCUGUGGUGAAAGUGCUUACCGAAAUUAUUACCACGCGGAGGGGCGAUAUCUCAGCGUUGCACGGGGCGAUGCGUGCUCUUUCUCAGAUUGUUGAUGACUGCGUCCAGUUGCUUGACAUGCGGCGGCUGACAGGAGCUGUGGUUGAAGCUAUUUUACCUUUUCUCCAGGCACCAGUCGCUCCAGGUCGCGAAGGAGAGGAAGUGCAACUUGGCGCGUUGGAGGCAAUGGCUAUUCUGUUGGAACAGGCCGGUAUGGAAGUCAAUAAUGUCUCGUACGCCAGUCUGCAACCUCAUGCCCUCACGGUAUUGGAGAGCUGCCUCCACAAUUUGCAGAACCCGCCUUCCGAUCGGCUGGCGACGAGAUGUGUCAAGUGCCUUGUUCUGGUGCUUUGCUUCCAUGAGGCCAUUCCGGAUCAUUUGUUCCACAACUUAGCGAAUCUCAUGUCUCUGAUGAUGACUUCAGUUGAGGGGCGCGGUGAAGAGAUCCGUAUUGAGGCGACGGAGUUCUGGCGUGGCUGUCUGUGCUUUCCACGCUUUGCAACACUCAUUGAACCCAUGCUUGACAGUCUUAUACCCGUGUUGAUUCACUCGAUGGUGUACUCUGAAAUGGAAAUUGGUAUGCUGCAGGCGAACGCCGAGGAUUGGAAUGUCCCCGACAAAAUUGACGAAAUCAGACCGCGACAUUACCAGGCCCGUGUGAAUGACACGGCUGCCGAUGAAGAUGAAGAUGGCGGUGACGGUGACGGUGACGAAGUGGAAGAGUGGAAUUUACGACGUGUCUCAGCACUGACACUCGACACUAUUGCUGAAUACUACGGCGAGAGGAUCGUUUUUACUGUGCUAACCUCUAUAGACGAUAUGAUGCAACCCAGCAAACCUUGGCAGCUGUUGGAGGCGGCCAUUUUGGCCCUGGGCGCAAUCAUGGACGGCUGCUUCAGUUUCAUGACGCCGUACCUCAAGGAUAUCAGCGAUCGCUUGCUUCAACUUCUUCGAGAUCCAUCCGCCCAUUUUCUUGUUGUAAGCAUAUCGCUAUGGACUGGGACGCAGAUCGGUCAGUAUUUUGUGUCUGAUGCCGAAAUACUGAAAAAUUUCUUGACGUGCGUAUUGCAAAGGAUGCAGAGCCCAUCCAAACUUGUCCAAGAGUCGGCCACUGCCGCCCUCCAGAAGAUCAUCAACCUCUGUGAUGAUGGACAGCUGAGCAAUGAGGUACCCGUGAUUGUUGGAAGCAUUACCCAGUGCCUGCGGGGCUACCAGUUGAAGAACCGUGUGUUGCUUUUGGAGACACUUGAGACGGUGUGCGAUGUGUUAGAGGAACCACUACGAUCGAGUCCGGACUCCGUGGAGGCACUUAUGGGACCACUCGGCGCUAUUUGGAGUGAGACUUCCAACGAUAGCCCGCUUAUAUUUUCCUUUUUCAGCUGCAUGUCGGGUGUGUGUCGGGCGAUAGGUCCAUCCAUUCAACCUGCCUUGGCGAGGGAGGUCUUCGAGCGUUCCUACCAAAUGUUACUGCUCCACGUACAGAAGCGUGCCGAAGCUAAGCAGUUAGGCGAAGACCCACCGGAGUACGAGUUUCUAGUGACCUCGGGCGAUCUUCUUUCCGGGUUGUUUGAUGCCUUGGGUGGGACGCUGGAGCCACUGGUUGAACAGUGCAACCCAGCACUGAUCUCCACAGUGAUACAAAUGACACUUGACGAAGAUAUUGAGGUUCGCCGGAGUGGCUUCUCACUGCUCGGUGAUGUGGCCAAGAACGUUCCCGUCCUAGUGCAGCAGCGAUUAGGUGAUGUCGUCAAAUCUGCCAUGGAUAAUCUCGCAGAUUUCAGUGACAACACUAGCAGCGUAGCGAGCAAUGUGGCAUGGUGCCUGUGUAACUUGUUGGAGAACCAAAUGGAUGUCAACGGUGUCCAGAUGUUGGAUGUGACAAAUGGUCUUCCGCAGUUGUUUGCAGCAAUUGCUCACAUCCUUGGUGGUCGUUCCCUCACUGCAGAUAUGCGCAAUAUGGUGGAGAAUAUGUGCGUCUGCCUUGGAUACAUGCUGUACACAAAUCCCGAGGUUGAAUCAAUCUCCGGAUGCCCACUAGAGCUCUUCGCCGAGCGAUUCUGUAUGUACAUGCGUAAUGUGAAGGAUGGUCCCCACACGGAGGCAGCUUUGAAGGGGUUCAUCGGCGCAACGCGUCAAAAGGUUCCGUUUGUGGUGGGGCUCCUCCACCUCUUCUUCGACCUCGCCAUCUCCGUGGCAUCAUCCAGUGCGGAGCUGAAGGGAUCCAUCUUAGAGUUAUUGAAUGCGGCAAAGGCACACAACCCUUCCUUGUGGCAGGAGAAAAUGUUGCAGUACAGCGAACAGCUUCGUGUGCGUCUCUAUCAUGUCUAUGGUAUCCAGUAA